UCUGCAGCUGCAGCUGCUCAAAGUAGUUUUAAGUGCCGAUUCUCCUCCUCCUUUCAGUCCUCAGCCCGAUUGCCAUUCUGGAUGCUUCAGUCUCUUCAAGAUAUCAAAUUGUUACUGAAUAACUCAAAUAAUUCGCAGCUUCUCCAAGAUGAUAUCAGUUGAUGAAGCUCUUCAGAUAGUCCUGAGUCAGUCUCAGAAGCUGCCACCUAUAACAGUACCCCUGAAGGAUGCUCUUGGCAAAAUCUUGGCUGAGGAUAUUCAUGCUCCUGACCCUCUUCCUCCAUACCCUGCCUCUGUUAAGGAUGGAUAUGCAGUAGUUGCCUCAGAUGGUCCUGGUGAAUAUCCUGUAAUCACUCAAUCAAGAGCUGGAAAUGAUGGAUUUGGGGUCACUGUGACCUCUGGAACUGUUGCAUAUGUGACAACAGGAGGUCCAAUACCUGAUGGUGCUGAUGCUGUUGUGCAAGUAGAGGAUACUGAAUUACUAGAAAAUGCUGCAGCUGAACCGAAGAGGGUACGAAUAUUGAAGCAAAUUAACCCUGGAGUUGAUAUUCGUCCAGUGGGAUUCGACAUUGCAAAAGGUGAUUUGGUGCUAAAAUCUGGGGAGCAUUUAGAUGCUGCAGAAAUUGGCCUCCUUGCUACUGUGGGUGUAAUGAUGGUGAAGGUAUAUCCUGCACCAACAAUUGCUGUGCUUUCCACUGGUGAUGAACUUGUGGAGCCAACUGUUGCAUGUUUAACUCGUGGCCAGAUUCGGGACUCCAACCGUGCCAUGGUUAUUGCUGCUGCAUCACAGCAACAGUGCAAAGUAAUUGACCUUGGUAUAGCUUGUGACGAUAAAGCAAAAAUUGAUAGUGCCUUGGAAAGUGCAGUUUCUGCUGGAGCUGACUUAAUUAUAACUAGUGGAGGUGUUUCCAUGGGAGAUAGGGACUAUGUUAAGCCUUUACUUCAAAAGAGAGGAAAGAUAUAUUUUGAUAAGGUUCGCAUGAAACCAGGAAAACCUCUCACUUUUGCUGAGAUGGUUCAUGGGCCAACUGAUGAUAUGAGAUCCAAUAAGGUCCUUGCUUUUGGGUUGCCUGGAAAUCCCGUGAGUGCUCUUGUCUGUUUCAACCUUUUUGUGAUCCCUGCUAUUCGGCGUCUUUCUGGAUGGGCAAAUCCUCAGCUGCCAAGAGUACAUGCUCGUCUUAAGCAGUCAAUAAAGACAGAUCCAAUACGUCCAGAGUUUCAUCGUGCUAUUAUUAGUUGGGAGUUGGAUAAUGCAAAUGGCUCGCCAGGGUUUGCUGCUGACAGCACUGGUGCCCAAAUGAGUAGUCGACUAAUGAGUAUGAAGUCAGCAAAUGCUUUACUAGAACUACCUGCAUCUGGCAAAUUGAUGCCUGUCGGCACUUUUGUGUCAGCAAUUGUAAUUUCUGACAUACUGGGUGUUUCCGGCAGUCAGAGCUCUCAAUCCAUGGAGAUUAAAGGUGCUACAAAAGGAAGUAAAUCAGAAAAAGUAGCUGUUGGUGAAUCAUCUGAAGAUCCUGAGAUUAGAGUGGCUAUCCUCACUGUCAGUGACACUGUUGCAUCAGGGAAGGGUCCUGAUAGGAGUGGUCCACGGGCAAUCUCGGUUGUAAAUUCGGCAUCAGAAAAAUUAGGAGGAGCCAGAGUAGCUGCAACUGCUGUUGUUUCAGAUGAUGUGUUGCAGAUCAAGGAUACUUUGCUGUCUUGGAGUGAUGUUGAGAAGAUGGAUCUCAUUCUGACUCUUGGUGGUACUGGUUUCACUCCAAGAGAUGUCACUCCUGAAGCCACAAAAGUUGUGAUUGAGAAAGAGACACCUGGUCUUCUGUAUGUCAUGAUGCAAGAGAGUCUGAAGGUGACACCAUUUGCAAUGCUUUCACGCUCUGCAGCCGGGAUUAGAGGAACAACUUUGAUCAUUAACAUGCCCGGUAACCCAAACGCGGUGGCUGAGUGCAUGGAGGCUUUGUUGCCUGUCCUAAAGCAUGCAUUGAAGCAGGUAAGGGGGGAUAAGAGAGAGAAGCAUCCUCUCCACGUUCCCCAUGCAGAAGCUGCUCCAUCAGAUACAUGGGAACGUAGUUUUAAGUCAGCUUCCAACAAUGUUCAGCAUUCUGGCUGUUCUUGUUCUCAUUAGUCAUAAUACCAUGGCAGCCCAAGUUACACUUGUUUAAAAUGCACUGUUGAAAACUUUGGAUAGGAAAUUAUCUGGGACGAGUUUUUUUUUUUUUUAAAUACUAUAGCACAUUUUUGUGAUAUGAUGUAUACGAGAUAAAAAAUAGGUGAAAAAUGUGUUGAUGAUACAAACAAGUCAAUGUGUAUAAAUGAGGUAUAAAUAAUGUGCAGUCCAAACAAAUCCAUUGUCAAUAUAUGUAAAAUCAGUUGAUUUUACGGAA